AUGUAUGGUAAAAAACAAGAUUUAUAUAUUUCGUCUAUAGAGGAUGAUAUAUGUAAGAUUGAAGUUUAUCAAGACUCACAAUUAAAGCAGAUAGUUAAGGGAGUAUCUCUGAAUGAUGUUUGGGAGCAUUUUAGUAUUAGCAAAUACAAUGACAUUCAACUUUUUGGCCUUGACUAUGCUGUUACUCAACAAUUAAUAAAGCAAUAUCGAAUUCCUACUUGUGGCCGAUAUGUGUAUAAGGAUAAUCUUGAUAGAAUAUAUUCAACUUGCAAUGAACUUGGAUAUGAGGUAUUUGACGAAAUAGAAAAGCUUUUAAAGUUACAUAUUAAUAAUAAUGAUCUUCAG